AUGCCCAAAAUAGCCGAAGAGCAUUCUAUGGAUAUUCCCCAUGUGACGGCGGUCGAAUUACCUCUCAUAGUGAAGGAUAGUGAGAAGGCUAUAGCGAUGAUUGGUGGAAGAUCAAGAGUAUCUGAAGUUAUAAAUUCAAUCAAUAAAGGAAGUAAUCUUAAUAGUCAUACAACUCUUGAAAACACUUUGGAGUUAAGAUUAAGAAACGAUCCAUUUCAUCAUCCUGUUCAAUCCCUGUAUAAUACUAGUGAGAAGAUUUUACUUAAGAUUUCUAUACCAAAGAAGAGUCUACCUAAAGAUUAUUAUGAUAAUCCAAAUAAAUAUUCUACAAAGGAAUUAAUCCUGAUCAAUGCUCAAGAUAAACUGACUCCAACCUAUCGAGCUCAACCAAUUGCAAUCAUAGACAAGACAUACCUGUUCAAAUCUAUUGCUGAUUUUCAAAUAUCAACUAAAAACAAUCCUAUGGUUCAAGAUUUUAAUCAACUGAUAUUAGAUUCAAAGAAUUUUUCAACUUUAAAACAAUAUUUUGAUAAACAUAAUAAUUUCAAUAGCAUAUCUGAUUAUAAAGAUACCGCAAAUUUUAAAAAUAAUGAUCAUCAAUUACCUCCACCUCCAAUUUUAAGUCCUAUUAGAUUUCCAUUCGAUUAUAAAUAUCAAAAGAAUCCUUUCACUACCGCUGUAAAAGAUGCUGAAAGUGGAGAAAUUAGAGUUGUAUCUACCAAGAAUUCAAUUAAAUUGUAUACCAAAAUGAUUGAUUAUCAUACCAAUGAUGUUCCAGAUAAACCAGCCCCUGAAUUAAUCGAAAAUUAUACGCAAUUAACAUCCAAGAAUUAUCCUGUUACUAGUCCUGAAUAUUUAUUAUUAGCAUGUAUCAAUUGGGUUAAAGAAGUGUUUGAUUUAAAACCAAUCUGGUUAAGAAAACAAUUGGAAGAUAUAGUUCCUGAUAAUUUAAAAAGAUUCAUAAAGCAAGCUUUACCAUAUGUAACAUUCAUUUAUAAAAGUGGUCCAUGGAGAUUUUGUAAUGUUAAAUUUGGAGUUGAUCCUAAGAGUGAUAAAUCAUUUUGGAUUUAUCAAAGUGAAUAUUUUAGAAUUCCAAACUUAAAAUUCAUAUUCCCUAAGGAAAAUUCAAGAAGAAUAGUACCAAAUACAAUUAUAGAAGCUAAUAGGAAGAAUAAAAAUAGUUCAAACAAAGAAAUCGAAGUAUCUGAAUAUUUAUUCUUUAAUGGUGUAACAUUACCUGCUACCGUAACUUAUCAAAUUGGUGAUAUCUUGGAUUUGGAUAUUACAACUAUAAUUGAAAAUCAUCGUAAAUACUUUGGUCGUGAUUUCCUUAGAGAAGUGCCUGACUUUCAAGAUGGUUGGUUUAACCGUCAAACUAUGGAAGUGGUGAGAAGAAUAGUUCGUUAUAAAUUGAAUAGAAUAGUGAAAGAAGAAGCCACUGAUCAAAAUAAGAUUUAUAAGAUUAUUAAUACCGAUUAUACUUCCAAUGAAGACCAAACCAUGGAAGUUGAUGAAGAAAAUGGUAAAGAAGUUGCACCUAAUGCAGAGACUGAAGUAGAUGCUGGUAAUGAUGAAGAAGAGGAAGAUGAUGAUGUUGAUGUGGGAGUAGAUGAAGAAGCCAUCAAUGAAGAUGCAACCAUCAUCGAUGAAGCUAAUAUAAUGAAUAAGUUAGACUUAUUGAGUGAAGACGCAUCCAGUAAGUUAAGUCAAUUGAUAGGAUUCAUCAAGCAAGAUGAUAUAGAAGAUUAA